AUGGAGAAUCUGAAGGAAACGCUGCCUCCAGGCCUCGCAGAUGCGGCUAUCAACAUUCCGGGUGUUGGCGCUAUACUCCAGCUUCUCCUUAACAAACUUGGCUUCGAUGUUGGAAGCACAAUGUCGUUAUACCUUUUGCUGUUUGGUCUGUUCCAGGGAACACUAUUCUUGUAUACCCAGGGGCGCGGAUUGGUGUUAGGUCACGGUACUUCGGCCAUACGGAUAGAUGACGAUGACGAUCUAUACCCCCAGUUCAUAUCCUGGAUUUCGGAACAUCGCAUGACGGAGGUCAGCAGAGAUCUAAAAGCCACUUCAAAGAAGCCAAGAGCUCGUGGUGACGAAGUGGACGACGAUAAUGAUUCAGAAUCAGACAUCGAGGAUGUCUUGGACGAGUCUGGAAUCUUCAACUACGACAAGUACAAGGGUACUAGUCCAGUGUACUACGAGCCUAACCUCGGUGAUGACAGCUUUACUCACAAUGGUCACUACUUCCAGUUCAGCAAAGACUGCCAAGAGAACAAGUACCAGGAACGGAUUGAAUACUUCAUCAUCAUCCGUUGUAUUGGCCGCAGCACAAAGCCUGUCAAGGACUUGAUAGACCAUGUUAAAGAAUGGUCGGCGCAUAAGCCUAACAAGACGACUGAAAUCAUGCGAGCCGAGAUUAAGCAUGGAGGCUAUUGGUCUGUUCAGUCAACUCGUCCUUCACGUCCUAUCAGCACAGUAACUCUGGAUGAAGCGCAAAAGAACAAAGUUGUAGCAGACAUCAACGAAUACCUUCACCCCGCUACAGCUCGGUGGUAUGCCGCACGAGGCAUUCCGCACCGAAGAGGAUACCUUUUCCAUGGCCCUCCAGGUACCGGUAAAACAUCUUUGAGUUUUGCAAUAGCUGGAAUCUUCGGGCUGAGCGUUUACUGCGCUUCCUUGAGUGAGCGUGAUAUGAGCGAGUCUGAUCUUGCAUCGCUGUUCGGUCAGCUUCCAAAUCGCUGUAUCGUUCUACUAGAAGAUAUCGACAGCGCGGGUAUUCGGCGGGACAGGUCUUCUGUAAUCCCAGACUCGGAUCAUAGCUCUGAUACUGCAGAGGCCGACAAGUUGCCUGUUCAGGGGACGGAGAAAGUGCUAGAGAAAGAGGAGAAGAAUGAAAGCAAAGACGAAAAGAAGGUUGAAGAGAAGCAGAACGACAUCACUGACACGGAGAAGAAGUCCAUUCGCCGACGAAUCACGCAAUCCCUGCGCACGCGCAAGAUUCCUAAACCCGACAGCGAAACCACCACUCUCGUCACUACAGACGACGCAUCGGCACCAGCAUCCGUCAGAGCACCUAGCGUGAGAGCUCUCAGCAUCAAGGCAGCCAAACCACCCCCUCCACCAGAGCCAGUCGAUGAAGAAGGAAGUAAGAGCAAGAUCUCCCUAGCAGGCCUACUCAACAUCAUCGACGGCGCGGCAUCCAGCGAAGGUAGAGUCUUGAUAAUGACCACGAACUACCCCGAAAAGCUCGACUCAGCACUUAUCCGCCCUGGCCGUGUAGACCUCCAAAUAAAGUUCACACUAGCCACCAACACCCAGAUACAAGAAAUCUUCCGUCGCAUGUACAGCAGCGAAGCCGACCUAGCCACGCAAAGGAACGAUGAAAAGUCUAAAUCUUCUCUUUCAAGGAGGAGAAAGCCUAGGUCAUCGAACAACGACCCUUCCACCACCGCGGUUCUCCCUGCAAAACCGAGCUUUGCAACACUGCCACCAGAGCGUCUCGCGGAGAUGGCAAAGCAGUUUGCGGAAGCUAUUCCCGAGGCUACCUUUUCGCCUGCGGAGAUUCAGGGUUACCUUCUGCAGAGGAAGUCGGACCCUCAAGGUGCGUUGGAUGGUGUGACGGAAUGGAGAGAUGCCGUGUUGGAGGCGAAGAAGAAAGGGAAAAAGGUCGUUGAUUUGAAGUGA